GUUUUUACAGAAACGGUUUUGUUUACGCGACCGCCGCACCUGCUGCAUGCAGUCGACUGCAGCGACUGGUUGUGUGACCAGUGGUGUGCAGUCGGUCGCAAGUCAUCACUAGUAGUCGCAACGACUGAAUUCAUUUUUUGAAGACUAUUUUCAUUUGGUUCCCUCAACAAAAUGAGUUUUUCAAAAGAUGAUGAUGCAAAACUUUGCGAACUUGUGUCCAGCUAUCCAUCAUUGUAUGACUAUAGUCAUAAAGAUUUCAAAGACAUUACAUUAAAGGAAAAUAUAUGGAAAGAAAUUGCGACUUCAUUGGGAAAUAAUAAAACUGAUGAUCAUUGUAAAAAGAGAUGGCGUUCGAUUCGGGACCACUUUAAGCGCCUUAAAAGAGAGGGAAAAUUAGGGACUGGAUCUGCUGCUUGUAAAUCACCUAAUUGGCCACUCUUUAAAUAUGUAUCCUUCCUUUCACAUGUUCCUGAAGAAAGGAGGACCUUAUCUAAUUUAUCGGACACCAGGCAAAACGAAGAGCUGAGUAAUGACAGUAUAUUGGGAGAUCAAGAUAUUGAUGUUGAAUGUCUUGAUACUAGUAUUGCAUCGGUACAAACUCCACCACCAAGUGACACAGAUGGAACCAAGUCAAGAAAAAGAAAAUUGGAAAAAGUAUCAGAAAUGCUAGUUGAAAAUAGAGAGUCAAGACUGAAAUUAAUAGAAACAUUGAAAGAUGCAAGUCAAAAACAAGAAGAUGAAGUAGAUGUAUUUUAUAAAAGUAUUUCUCUUUCCGUAAAACGUCUUCCACCUUUAUUGAGAUCCGAAAUCAAGAUGCAACAUUUACAAAGCUUACAUAAUAUGGAACUAAAACACAUGCAGAGUCAAUCUCAAUACCAUCAACCAUAUUAUCCACAACAAAACAUACCCGACUAUUCAUUAGUUCAUCAGGCUCAAACAUAUCAACCAUUAGUUCGUCAGACUCAGACAGAUCAACCAGAAAACCUAAACUGUCCAUCUCAAUCCACAUCAAAACAAUCAUUUUAUGAGAAACAUCCUUAUUGACAUAAUAUCAUAAAGAAGUGACUGAUUUU